GCCGCCGCCAUCGCCAUGGACGUGAGAGAGCGGCUGCUGUGGGCACUCCAGGAAUUGGCUCAGGACGAGUUCGACGCGUUUGUUUUCUUUCUGGACUCGAUCCCACGGGGAAAGCUCCACAACGUCACCCGGGUCACGCUAGCUGAGCUGCUCCUGCGGUAUUUUCCCGACAGGGCGUUAGCGGUCACCGCCGAGGUGCUGGAGAAGAUCCCCCGGAUGGAUCUCCUCCAACAACUCCGGCGCGAGGCCGAAGGGGCAGGUGGCAUCAGGGAGCGGAGAGGAGGAGGAGGAGGAGACGCACCUAGGGAGGAAGCCGCGGCGGUGGCAAGAGCGCCCCCAGCAGCACCAGUGCAACCCAGGGUGGUCUCAGAUAAGGAGCUGAUGAAGCUGUCCAAAAACAUGGGCAGGGAAUGGAAGAUAAUCGGGAUUGAGUUCCUAGGGAUGAAGAACUCACUCCUGGAGCAGAUUGAAGAGGACAAUCCUAAGAACAUGGCCAUGCAAGCCUUCUACAUGCUAAAGAAUUGGCGGAACCGUGAAAAAGGGGGAGCCACUGCAGUCCGGCUGUACGACAUCCUCAGCCAGGAAGCGGUGGAGCUCGGCCAUGAUGCUUAUGCGUUCCUGAUUGAGAAUUCUUGAAAGAGUUCUUGAAGGACAAAACCCAGCAACUUUACAGGAGAUGGACUUACCCCAGCGCUCAGGAUCUGUCAUCACCUGUCUCACCUCAUGUGAAUGCUGCCCUUGAAACUUUAACUGGCUAUUCAAUGUGAUCCAAUUGCAGGACAUUUUACCCCCCAAAAGUAAAAAUAAAUUACAAUAAUAACAGCAGGCAGAAAAUAUUGACACAUUUGCAAAGCAGCCUAUCACGUCCCCUCCUCUGUAACCCCAGACACAUGAUGCAGCCUGGCAGGAAAGAGUUAGCCUCUUCCAACACACGUCUUGUCUUGCAAAGGUAAAUGCUCGCACUAAUUGUCCUCUUCUUUAGGCAUCCACUGCCUAUAUGACUUGAUGUCCAUUCAAUGGCAGCUGUCAAUCAAAGUCACCACACCAGCCAAACAGCACAUGACUUAGCUAAAAGCACUUUUUGAGUUGUCUCUUUAUUGUUCUUCUCCAUCCAACUUGAACAGCACGAGAUGAAUUCAGAAAUAUCAAGAAGGGCCCCUGAUAAAUGUCUAACUGCUCUCCUAGCUAGAUUUUAGACAGAUCAAGAGUUUUGGUGUAAAAUUUGUUUUCCUGUUUUAUUGUGCAUCCUCACGACUUUGUUCCACCUAUCCCAUUUUUACCUUUAAUAAAUUUGCUUAGUUGGAUUAUUGAA